CAGGAAGAUAAAUUAUGAGCUCUGCCAAUACAGCUACCUAGAUGCUAACACAUUGAAGUGGUCAGCAAAGUAGUUUUAUUGCUUAGAGGCUAAAUCAGCUAUCUUGCAAAUCCUAAUAGUUUUGGGUGUCAUAUAAUUGUUUAGCUGCUCAGCUAAGUUAUACAAAUCUUCCAUCUAGCUAGCAAACUUGCCACAUAUUACUGGAAAUUGGAUAGCUAGCUAGACUUGAGUUACUAUACCAAAUAGCAAUCGCACAUAUUGUUAGGUAGCUCAUAACCUUCGCUAUAAAUUUGAGCCAAUUUUCUGAUUUGUCUUGAUAACCCAAUGACACCUGUUGCUCCAGUCUCCUUGAACGGUAGCAACGCUAGGUUGGUAGCCCGAUAGUUAGAGACACAGGGUAAACUCAAGGCCACUCGCUAGUAACAGUUACCUAUCUAGCAAGUGUAUAAUAUUAUAGGUCAGUGCUAGAAACCACACGUUUGGAUUAAAAUAACGGGAUGAAAGUGACGGUGAUUUUCGGAAGGACUGGCGUCGUUGUCCCCUGCAAAGAAGGAUGGACGGUCCGUGACCUCAUCCAGCAAGCGACCCAGCGAUACAGGAAAAUUCUGGAGCAGGAGGGAGACUUCCUGGUUCGGACCCACCAUGUGGAGUACUGCGACGGGGGGAUCCUGGAUCCGGACGACGUGCUGGCUGACCUGGUGGAGGACAAAGACAAGCUGGUGGCAGUGUAUGAGGAGCAGGAGGCCCAGCAGAGGGUGACGGUGAGCCCCGGGGGUGGGAGCGCGACGGGGCGCCCCAGCCCAGACCCCUACGACUCCGAGCUGUCCAUCUUCCAGCCAAUAAGAGGAGGCGAAAUUGAGGUCAACUCCUCGGCCCUCAAAUCCAACACCCCUCUGAUGGUGCGGAGCAGCAGUGACCCCGCCCUCAGCGCCCCUGUUGAGGUGGGACCCCCCCAGCCUGAGGAGGCUGACAGCAGGCCCACGGCCACGGGAGUGAACCACACGCCCACAGACCAGGGCGAAGCUGACGAGAGACACCGAGCCGAUGUGCCCACCUCCAAAAUGAAGCAGAUCUCUCCCAGUAGCCUGACGAAGAUGGUGGAGAUCAGUGGAGACCAUGGACCACUGGGGAUACACGUCGUGCCCUAUUGCUCCUCUCUCAGCGGACGGGCUCUGGGGCUGCACAUUCGUGGUGUUGAGGAGAACAGCCGCUCCAAGAGGGACGAAAUCUUCCAAGACGACGAGUGCAUUGUUAAAAUCAAUGACACGGAAUUAAUAGACAAGUCCUUCGCACAGUCACAGGAAGUGUUCCGUCAGGCCAUGCGCUCCUCCGUGGUACAUUUGGAGGUUCUGCCCGUCGGCAACAAGGAUCGCUACGAGAAGAGCCUGAUCGGCCAGCUCUUCACCCCCGAGGGACACGAUGCUGUUCCCAAGGUCAAAGUCCCUCUCCCGGUCAAGGUGAAGCCCGUUGAGUCUCCCGCCAGAGUGGCCGAACCUGUUGUCCGAGCGGCUGAGCCACAGGCAGGCAACUACCUGGAAGGUGCGGCUUCCGGGAGCCCACAGCCCACCAGUCUACCAGCCACCCCCAAGGGGACAAGUGACAGUCCCUUGCUGAAGAAGAACCCUGCUCUGUCCCCCCUCAUGGGAUUCGCCAACAGAAAGGGGGGCAAGAAGCUCAAAAUUGACCUAAAGAAAGGUCAGGAAGGUUUGGGCUUCACCGUGGUAACCAGAGACUCCUCUGUGCAUGGACCUGGACCCAUCCUGGUUAAGAACAUCCUGCCGCGAGGAGCUGCUGUCAAAGAUGGCCGUCUGCAGUCGGGAGACAGGAUCCUGGAGGUGAACGGCGUGGACAUCACGGGCCGCACGCAGGAGGAGCUGGUGGCUAUGCUGCGCAGCACCAAGCAGGGCGAGACCGUGUCCCUGGUGGUGGCCCGGCAGGAGGACAUGUUCCUCCCCAGAGAGCUGAAGGGGGAGCAGGCCAGCACCCUGCUGACAGAGGAAGGGAAGGAGCACCUGAUGUUUGAGAUCCCCCUGAACGACUCGGGGUCGGCGGGGUUGGGGGUGAGCCUGAAGGGGAACAGAUCCCGGGAGACGGGGGAGGACCUGGGCAUCUUCAUCAAGUCCAUCAUCCACGGCGGAGCGGCCUAUAAGGAUGGCCGCCUGCGCAUGAACGACCAGCUGAUCGCUGUCAACGGGGAGUCCCUGCUGGGCAUGUCCAACCACGACGCCAUGGAGACGCUGCGGCGGUCCAUGUCCAUGGAGGGGAACGUGCGGGGCAUGAUCCAGCUGGUGGUGGUGCGGGUUCUGGACCGGACGGGACAGGAGAACCAUGAGCCAGUGGUUCCUCAGAACCGAGCCCCACAACCCGCUCCAGUCCAGCCUGCUGUGACCAGCACAGUGAACAGCAGCGUACCGCCAAACAUGGCAGCUAACAACGUCUACGAUCGGUCUUGGGCCCCUGAGAUGUUGCCAAACGGGAGCCACAAUCACAUGGAUGCAGAGGAAGGUGCAGAGGAGUUCCCCCCUCCUCCCCCUCUUUCUCAGGUGGAGGAUGACCUGGGCCCCGGUCCCCAGCGCGUGCAUGCUGACCAGAGUACGAAGUUGGAGCUCGGGCCGAACUCCUUCGAAUCCUCGCGCCCUGACAGACAGGAGCGUCGGCAGCCAGAGCACCACCAUGUCAAGGCCUCCAAAAGCAUGGACCUGGUGGCAGAUGAAAGCAACGUGGGAUCUCUGGUGGGGCAGAAGUCAGAGGUGGCUCAGGGGAAGGAACUGGGUCCCACCCUGGGGCUGAAGAAAUCCAGCUCCCUGGAGAGCCUGCAGACGGCCAUGUCGGAGGUGAGGAAGAACGAGCUGCCCUUCCACCGCCCGCGGCCCCACAUGGUGCGGGGGCGGGGCUGCAACGAGAGUUUCCGCGCCGCCAUCGACAAGUCCUACGACGGCCCCCCCCGACCUGGAUGAGAUGACCUCUCGGACCAAAGCUCCGGCCGGGACACCCCAGCCAGCGGCUCCUCCCGGCAGGGCCUGGGGGACGCGGAGGACGGCAAGAAGGACAAGAAGAAGAAGGCCAAGAGUAAGAAGAAGGAGAAGAAGAGCAAAGGGAAGGAUAAGGACAAGAAGAAGGGAGAGGAAGCGGAGGAGCAGGAUAAGAAGACGAAGAGGAAAGGCUUUGGGUUGCUGAGAUUUGGAAAGAAGAAGGAGGAUAAGGCUAAGGCAGCGCUGCAGAAGCAGAAGUCAGAGGUGCUGAGUGAAGAGGAGCUGGACAAGAUGAAGGAGGAGCGAGAGAGGAUUGAGGCCAAACACCAGGAGCUGAGGGAGCAGCAGGCCCGGGACCGCCUUCCUCUGCCUGACGUGGAGGACGACGACAUGGACCCCAACUACGCGCGCAUCAACAACUUCCGGGACCCGCCGGCCUCUGCCCAGUACCCACAGAGAGACCGCACCCCGUCCCCGAAGCUGCCCCCGCUCCAGGCUUCCCAUAGCCGGGAGCCCUCCGCAGAGGACCCCGUGGAAGGGCUGUAUGCCAAGGUCAACAAGCAGAGACCCCCUCCACCGCCCGUGGCCGACAGCAGCGCCGACCGGAUCCAGCAGCUGAGGAGAGAGUACCAGCAGGCCCGGCGAGAGGGAACCGCACCCGCCUACGAGGAACUGGAGGCCCGGCGCCGCGGCCCAGACUACGACCCUCACCGGGUGGCAGCAAGAGGGCACGACAACCGCCUGGCACCCCGCUACGAGGACGUGGAGCGACAGUACGCCUCCCUGCCCAGACGGGGGCCGAUGGAUCCUAAUGAAUACCCUGUGCAGCCCUGGGGUGUCCACAGAGAGCCGGCCCACUACCCUGCCCCCCAGCCUGUAUACCCCAACUACCCCUCCCGGGAUAACUACCCCCGCGGGCCUGAGCGCAGGGGUAUGGACCCCAGGAUGGGCGAUCCUGGGCAUUACCCCCCUCCAACACAGCAGAGGGGCCCUCUCCGACAGGACGUGCCCCCCUCGCCCCCCCUCCCCCUUAGAGCACCCCGCUACGACACCAUGAACCGCGGGGGGUACCGCACCGACAGCCCGGAACGCUACGCUUACGGAGACGGGCGGAACCCAGACCCCCGGCAGACCGCAGCGGUGUAGAUGGGGGUCUCAACCCACACCAUUCACCACCGACAGGACAGUCCCAACAUCUCUAUCGAUCAAGUGUGUCUGGAGACCGGCGUUAUAGUUUAUCUGAAGCUGUUCACAAAAUCCCAGUAGUAUAUCCUGGUAUUUUGCGUUGUUUGUACCAAGUAGUAGGAAGAGGGCAGAGGAAUGAAUGUAGAUGUUUUCCUGCUGUCUGUGUUUUGCAUGGCUUUGAUAGGUUUUUUCAUGCUGUGGUUGUGCAUGAUGACAGAGAUGGCAGCUUUCUGUCUGUCAGCUGUUAUGCCGCACAUUUGCAUUUAUUAUUAAGUGUUGCAAGCCCAGACUUCCAACUUAUGAUGAAUAUAUUCAAAAGGUACUUUAUGAUGGUUGCGCUGGAGAAGAUUUGAUUUUGGGGCAGUGUUUAAAUUGAAUGUCUGGGAGCAAUACAGACUCAUUUUAGGAAAAUAUCUUCUUUUUUUACCAUUAGGAGCAGAGACAACCCUGUGUAGCCAGGGUGAUGGAUGUGUGGACCGGGACAUAGAUGUGUGGGUUUAAGUGCAUUUCACACUGAAAAAUUAGACAGCAUGGAAUGAUUAUUACAAAGUAAAUAAAAUAAUGAUUACAAAGUCAAAGUGCAGCAUAUUCUCUGUGCUGAGUCCAGCACAUGACUCGUUACUCAUGACAGGUGGAUCCUACAGCCUGAGAACCUGUCCCCCUCACUGAUUGACCACGUCUCU